UGGUAUCUAGCGUCCAGCCGCGUGCGUUAGUUCUCAAACAAAAUGGCGGCGGCCGAUGACUUUUAUCUUCGCUACUAUGUCGGCCAUAAGGGCAAAUUCGGACAUGAAUUCCUCGAAUUCGAGUUCAGACCUGAUGGUAAACUUCGAUAUGCUAACAAUUCUAACUACAAGAAUGACACGAUGAUCAGGAAAGAGGUCUACUGUCACAAGGCAGUCAUCGAAGAGCUCAAGAGAAUUAUUGAUGACAGUGAGGUUAUGAAAGAAGAUGAUGCUCUCUGGCCACAGCCUGACAGAGUAGGCAGACAGGAGUUGGAGAUUGUUUAUGGAGAUCAGCACAUUUCAUUCACGACUUCAAAGAUUGGUUCCCUCGUAGACAUCAACCAGUGCAAGGAUCCUGAGGGUCUGCGCUGCUUCUAUUACCUUGUCCAAGACCUAAAGUGUAUGGUGUUUUCACUGAUCGGAUUACACUUCAAGAUCAAGCCAAUCUAAGCUCCUUAUACAAUCCUCUUAGCUCACCACAAACAUCUUUCAUAGAAGAAGUUUAUUUGUACAGAUUGAAACUUCCUACACCCUUGUUUCGUUCCUGGAGAUGUUUAGUGCUUCCGUGGGGAAUUACUAUAAAUAAGAUCUACAAAGUGACUGUGAGAUUCUUCUUCUGUUAAAGCGAUCACAUGGAUGUUGUAGGAGAGAAUUGUUUAUUUAGCCAAUAUGUUUUAACUCCAUCUUUGUAUAUGUUGACCAUACAUAUUCUAGAACUUUCCAUGCUAUUGUAGAUUUUUGGUUUCUUUUUAUUAAUAAAUUGAUUCGCCUGGUUUAUUUACUUUUA